AUGAAAUCACUUUUAGCAGCAGUGGCGCCAAUAUGUGUUAUAAACUAUGGAUAUAAGCAUCAUCCAAGGAUGACUUGUAAACAUGUACCACGAAAGUACUAUACCGAUAGCAUAAUAGCUCCAAAAAAUGCUUUACUCAAGUAUGGAACUCACCGUUUAAUUAUCAGCAAAGAUUUGUCUGAUAAAGAGUAUACCGCUAUCUGUCGUGCAACAAUUCUGCCAAAUAUUCUACCAGUACCACUACAUGAUAUCAACUUAAAACUUCUUAACCCUUAUAGUCAAGCAUGCCGUAAUGCUGAUAUUUUGGAUUUUCUGUUUAAACCACUCGAAUUCAUCGACAAAUACAAUCAUAAAUAUGUCUUGUGUGUAUCGAGAACACCGGCUACGAAAACGGAUGUAUUCAUGUUACAAGAGAAUCUUGACAAACGAUUGAAAGAAGAUCAAGCUCUUGAAGUUGGUUUGUGUCCACGACGACGUGAGAUUUAUGAUGAAUGCUUAAAUGAAAUUGUUCGACAUGUUACAAUUGAAUGUGGGGAGCGUGGAAUUCUAUUAGCAAGAAUUCGUGAUGAUUUUCUGCAAUUAAUAAAGGAUUAUUCUACAAUUUAUAUAAGCGCAAAUGCCUAUGCUUUUCGAACUAUUCUUCUAAAUGAACAAAUCAAAUCACAGUUACGUGAUCGAGUAAAUAAACUAGAAUAUGACACAGAAAAAAUACGAAAACAAUUGUUUAAUGCUGAAGAUCAUCUUGAAACUGUGGUAGAAAUGAAGGCAAGUGCAAUGUCGGAACGAUUCACGAUCAAAUUACCAGUCGAAUUGCAACAAUUAAGACUUGCGAAUAAAGUAUUGAAAACUGAAUUGGAAAAUGUUUUAGGAAAAAAACUGAAACUGUCCGAGAAAGAAAAAGAUCAGGAUAAAGUACCGAUACUAGAUGAAAAACAAAUAGUGACUACCACAAAUAGACUAUAG